CCUUGACAGCGUUCAUCGCACUAACUCGCUUUAUUACCUUCACCUUUUACACCUUCAAUCCUUCAUUAUAUACCUUCGCUUCAAACCCAUAAAUCAUACCAAAUAUAUUCAGGUCUUACAACUUCUUCCACUUCAUCAUCUUUUUCUUCAAACCAUCUAACUUUGUAUCAAGCGCCAUGUCUCAGACUGUUGUUCUUAAUGUUGCCAUGACAUGCAAAGGCUGUUCAGGGGCAGUGAAGCGUGUUUUGGACAAAAUGGAAGGGGUUGAAUCUUAUGACAUCAAUUUAGAGGAAAAGAAGGUGACUGUCACAGGUAAUAUAACGCCUGAAGCUGUUCUUCAGACUGUCUCUAAAACUGGAAAGAAGACUUCAUACUGGGAAGAGGCAGCACCAGCACCAGCACCAGCACCAGCUGAAGUCGAAGCUGAACUCGGAGAAGCCAAAGCUGAGCCAGUUGAAGCCGGAGCUAAGCCCGCAGAAGAUGAAGCUAAGCCAGCAGAAGCCGAAACUAAGCCAGCAGAAGCAGUAGCUGCUCCUUGAUAUAAUUAGUACCAUGACAACCAAUUGUAUAACCAUGUUCUAAUAGAUAACUCUCUUUACUUUGUAAGUUUAAUGUUCCUAAAUACUGGAUUUACAUAAGCAAUAACUUGAAUUGUGUUUUCUUCUGUUCCUGUAUCGCUCGACAAGCGAGCAUUACUUCCUUGUGAACUGAAACGUCGUACAUGAUACUAUUGCAGUAACAUAAUUCUUGACCA